AUGGUUUGGGCUGGUGCCAGUUCACAUGGAAAAACUCAAGUAUAUUUUAUUGAACAUGGGACUACAAUAACCAGCAAAUAUUAUAUCGAACACAUCAUAGAGCCACUUAUUGAAUAUGAUAUCUCUCGUUUAUUUCCUGGUGAUAUGCAAAAGAAAAUGGUGCUGCAUCAAGACAGUGCUCCUGGUCAUGUCGCGAAGUAUACAAUUUCUUAUAUGAAGGAACACAACAUUAAUGUUAUAAUACCGCUUGAGUGGUUACCUAAGAGUCCUGAUGCUGCACCAAUGGACUAUUCAAUAUGGGGGAUUAUGAAAGAACGAGUACGAAAGCACAAAGUGUCAACACUGAAAGGACUAAAAAAUGCUAUAAACGUUGAGUGGGAAAACCUUGAGCAAGAAAUUAUCGACAACGCUUUGGAAAGUUGGGCAAAGCGUUGUAGAUUAAUUUACUAUGCCCAUGGAUCCGAUAUCGAACAUCUUUUGCAAUAA